AUGAGCAGAUCCAGCAACUCAGCGGGCUCAGGGCACAGUCCCUUCCUAAGCGCCUCCAUGCGACGUGAGCGUGAGAAAGUAAUGAGUGGAGUGAACACCAGGGACCCCUCCCUCCCCGUUGAUGGCUACGUUGCGCCCUGGGACAGGCUUCCGAACGAAACUCAAAUCAACAUCCUCAGGUAUCUCGGCGACCCAGAGCUUCGCAACAUGGCCACACGGAGCGAGACUCUUUGGACUUACUCUAUUGCAUUCCUUUGGGAGACCGUUAUCGAUGACCAGCGGAUAAAGCAGUUGGUAGAGAGAGUGCCGGCAAUCAGGCAGCAGCUGUACGCAGACUUGAUCAAAGUUCUCCGCGUCAACACCUCCAAUGGCAUUGACCUCUCGCAUCUGGCCUUCCAGAAGCUGCGAGAGCUUGAGGUGAACACCUGUGGCGUAGGACCUCACGUGAACUUGCCGAUUGCACAAUUCAUACAGCAAAAGCUGGAAUAUUUGUCGAUCAGAAUAGGAGGUCCAGCGCUCACCCAUGGGACUGUCAGCAACUUCUUGCCUCAACUCAGCAGAGCACCGUUCUUGAGGGAGAUUAAGUUGACUGGCACUAUUAUCAACGCCCAUCCUCAGGAUCUGGUUGAAGGUCUCAAAGCAUGUCCUCUGGUGGACACUUUUGAGAUCGGCUACAACGCAAGGCCCCUUAUGAGUCCUGAGCUUUUCGCCUAUCUCGCAAAAAAUGACCGAAUCCAAGAAUUCGACUGGGGUAGGUCUAUCGAUGAAGCCACCAUAGCGAAGACCAUGGAAGAUCUGAAAGAAGAUGAGGAACUAUUCACUGGUCUCACCGGUUUCGAUGCCCAUCUUUCGGACGUGGCUGGGUCCUUGCUCCUUCCUCGCAUGCAGAGCAUCACACUGUUGAUUUUGAGAUACGACCAGAACAAUCUUCAUAUCUUGAGGUCAGUUCGAGAGAUGAAGAACCUGGACAUGCUGUAUAUCAGGGCUGCGGGAAGCACCGAAACUGGUCCGGACGCUGUGAGACUCGACUGGGGUACCCUGUCCGGUUUGCGAGACAUGAAUCUUACUAGCCUUCACAUCGAAACAGAUUAUCGGAUCGAUGAGGAUGGGAAUCCGCAUUGCACGGUGAACGGUUCGGCCAUCCAAAUGAACCAGCUAAGCCACAUCUUCGGAUCUCAACAGACCCUUCGACACCUCGAGUUUGGCUGGCAUCAAUCUGCGUACCUUGUUAAUGACACCAUUCGUGUCAUGGAUAUCAUCGGUAAAGCAUACCCGGAAUUGGAGAGCCUUACCAUGAGUGUGUCAGUUUAUCGCCCUGCUUCCGCAGAGGUUUCCGCGGUAGUAGGGCCCUUGGUUCCAAAGUUGGAGUACUUGACGUUCAACUAUGUCAUGGAAACGCUUCCACACACUGAUCAAGCCACGGGAUAUGAAUUGUUCGAUUUUCAUAUCAUUAACCCCGAAUACGCACCUAACAGUGUUAUAGGCUCUAGUUCUGUAGCGUAG